AUGGCUGCCAACAACAGCAACUCCCUCCUCGGCAACAGACAGCCAACACUAUCAACCACAGCUUCAAACAACAAGCGAAAGGCCACCGAUCCCAAUCUGAAGAUCAUCACUAUUGACGAACUAUACGACGUUACUCUCAUUGUCGGUACUCCAGAUCAUCCCAACGGUCAGAUGGCCUUUCGCAUCAACAAAGGCUCCUUACGGAAUGCAACUAAGGUUUGGGCCAAGAUGCUGAGUGGAGAUUGGGCAGAGAGCGACAUGUCCGAAAUCCCCUUUACCGAUGACUCUUGCUUUGCUUUCCAAAUCGUUCUCCAAAUUGCUCAUCUGCAAUUCCAUGAACUUCCUACAAGUCUGACGCUGCAGAAACUCAUGGAUGUUGCGACACUGGCCGACAAGUACGAACUCGCUCGAAUUCUGCGUCCUGUUACAGAGACGAAGAAGUGGCUACAGCCUCAUAGAGUCUCGCCGGCGGUUUGGCGCACCAGCACCGCUAUCCAGGAAUUCGCUUUCAUAACUGAGACCCUUGGCUCCGAAGACGACCUCAAGUACCUGAUCAACAAACUAGCCAUGAACGUUCGAAUCGAUAUAAUUGGAGGCUACUACCCUUUCACAAGCGAUGGUACGAAGGAUCGACUACGUUUAGAUCUCCUGGAUCGAAUUUCAGCUCAAGUUAUAUCCUUACGCAUGAAGAUUCUUGAGGAGAUUUUGAACUUUUGUAAAAACGCAUUGCAUAACGUGGUCACCAGGAAGGUUGCUAGAUGCAAACAAACCAGUUGUCCGAUAGGAUCCAUCGGCAUCCUCAUACAAACCUUCAAUUCCGCAGGACUCUUUCCGCUUCCAGAUAAAACAUCUUCAAUGGGGCGGAGCGUCUGUGAUUAUUGGCUGGGUCUGCGCGAGCUAACCACGAUGUAUAACAAUUACGGUGCUCAAUACUGCAAGAUUACGACUGUGGUAAAUAACCGCCAGCGUAGUGCAUGUUUUGGCGACUUCGGCAUCGUCGGCGAGACCCGUGCGGUUCUGAAGAAGUAUGCACACAAGGACGUCUGGGCCCAAUGGAAGGUGGAAAAGUUGGUUUGA